GUCACUUUUUGUCAGUGUAUCCUACAAUCUGUCCUAUUGACUGUAACGGAGCAAAGAAAACUCAGAGAGGAGGUUAAUUUCAAAAAAGAAAGAUCAAUAAGUGCGGAUUAAGGAGGAAGUUGAAGGUGUGUAAUGGGUUAACGGCGGAAGGCCUCGCCUCACCUUUAGUGCGCGUCACCGGGCUCCGUAAAGUGGUCCCACCGUCCAAACCAAAGAGGGGAAAAUCACUGCCUCGCGCCGCCGCCACACGCGCUUCUGUCGGUGUCACAUCAUCCUGUCGCCCUCCGCCACGCCGCUCCAUCACCGCGCACACCCAAAAGACACCGGGGACGGGAGGAAUAAGAGUGAUUUACCGGAACCAUGAAGGACCGCAUGCAAGAACUUAAACAUGGGAAGGAGACAGCAGAGGAGGAGGAUGAAGUCGCCGUGGGGAUGGACAAAGGCUUUAUGGAUGAAUUCUUUGAGCAGGUGGAGGAGAUCCGGGGUUUUAUCGAGUCUCUGGCAGAGAAAGUUGAGGAGGUGAAGAGGAAGCACAGCGCCAUCCUCGCUUCACCUAACCCAGAUGAGAAAACUAAGGCUGAGCUGGAGGAUCUCAUGGCAGACAUCAAGAAGUUGGCCAACAAAAUACGCUCCAAAUUAAAGAGUAUCCAGCAAACCAUUGAGCAGGAGGAAAGCCAGAACAGGUCAUCAGCUGACCUGAGGAUACGCAAGACACAGCACUCCACACUGUCCCGUAAAUUUGUCGAGGUAAUGUCAGAAUACAACACCACCCAGUCGGACUACAGGGAGCGCUGCAAGGGACGCAUUCAGAGACAGCUGGAGAUCACCGGGAGAAACACAACAAAUGAGGAGUUGGAGAGCAUGUUGGAGAGCGACAACCCGGCUAUCUUUACCUCUGGGAUCAUUAUGGACAACAUCACAGAGCAAGCCAUGAAUGAGAUCGAGACACGGCACAAUGAGAUCAUCAAGCUGGAAAACAGUAUCAGAGAGCUUCACGACAUGUUCAUGGACAUGGCCAUGCUGGUGGAAAGCCAGGGGGAAAUGAUAGACCGCAUAGAAUACAAUGUGGAGCACUCAGUAGACUAUGUGGAGAGGGCAGUAUCAGACACUAAGAAGGCGGUAAAAUACCAGAGUAAAGCCCGGAGGAAGAAAAUUAUGAUUAUUAUAUGCUGUGUGGUUCUGGGAAUUGUCAUUGCCUCAAUUGUUGGGGGAACGCUGUCCUAAACCUCUGCCAUAGCCACACUGAAAGACACCCAACAGAGCAAAAACACAACAGAUUCACAUUUUCAGUUUUUCUGUUUUCACGAAUGCAAUCUAUUACAUGUUUAGCGUGAGAGGCGUAACAUACUUUACAACACAUUUGACGCGUGGCGUACAGGGCCAGAGGAUGUUUUCGCAUGAGUUGCUAUUUUGUAAAUGUGUGGUGCUGCAAACUGCUUAUCUGAGUGUUGUCAACAAUAUGGUGUUUCCAAAAGUUAAUUCUUGAAUGAAAAAAAAGUUACUGAAUGAUAUGUAACACUAUACUAAUACAUUCCAACUUCCAAAUACAACAAUCAGUUGUAAUGUCUGUUUUGUGUUGUACAGACAAAAAUGGGCCGCUAAUCUGCAGUGUAGUCGAAGCUACGUUAUCUUUAGACCUCUGUUUGUUCACAUCUUUAUUUACUUUCUCUGAUGUCCUCUACCUCCCCUCGACAACCCUGCAUGCUUUAGUUCACUGUAAAGUGUUGUUUUUUUUAUUGCAAACGGGGGAAAAGAUAUGUUGGGUAUUUUGCUCGUAGAAUCAUCACACUGCCAAACUUUUUAAAUUUCUUGUAGUUUACGGAAGCAAUGCUACUGUACUAACCUGUGUUGAGUGUGAGCAUGUGAAAGAGGAUAUUUGUGUUUAUUUGUAGCUACAUGUCUGAACGUGCCGAGCGUGAGUUGUGGGAUGAGAACAUGAGUGCUUGUGAUUAACCACCUGUGUCUUUGGUUUGUAUAAAUUGAUAUAAAACUCUCUAACACUGCCAGUAUGUUCAAAUAAGCUGUUAAAAUGGCGUCUAGUCUGGUUGGAUUGAUAAUUCUGGUCUGUAAGUGACAAACCCUUGAUGUUUUAUGUCUUUUAUAAACCCCAAGCUUUAAACAGAGCAUAUCCCUCUGUCAUGCUACUUCACUGUUUAUUUUUAUGAGUGAACAUGAUGAGUCAUUAAGCGUCAGCAUGCACUCAAAG